UUCUUUGGAUGUCAGGGAAUUGGGCGAUACCCAGUGGGUGGAAUGUACUUGGAAUGCUUGGUGUACUGGGCUAAAUUUAGAGAGCAGGAUAUGCUUGGAAUACGUGUGUACUGGGCUAAACCCAGAGAGUAGGCUAUGCUUGAAAUACUUGGUGUACUGGACUAAACCCAGAGAGCAGGAUAUGCUUGAAAUACUUGUUGUACUGGGCUAAACCCAGAGAGCAGGAUAUGCUUGGAAUACUUGGUGUACUGGGCUAAACCCAGAGAGCAGGAUAUGUUUGGAAUACUUGGUGUACUUGGUUAAACCCAGAGAGCAGGUUAUGAUGGAUUGUGGAGCAGAAGCAGCUACACUUGGAUUGCAGAGCAGCACCAGCUACACAGGAUAUCUCUUAGACGACCAGGCUAAUACAGGAUUCUACUUGAUAUAGAGGGAUAGGGCAUACUUGCCUACUCUCCCGGAAGUUGCGGGAGGCUCACGAUUUUUGGGAAGAGCAGGAACAUCUCCUGUAUUCUGCCAACACCCUAGUGAAUCAGGCAGGAUGGAGAGAUACUCUCCGGUAUUUGCGUGUCUGUGGGGUGAAGGAGGGGCUGAAAAGACGCGAAUCACGUCAUUUUAGCUCCACCCUUCCAGUGGACUUGUGAAUUGCUGUGUUUUACCGAUGUGGGGGUGGGACUUGAUGAUGUCACAGCCUGGCCCUGCCCCCUGAAGGUCCCUGCAAGUAUGGGAUAGGGACCGGAGUCCUAGAAGGCAGUUUAGCAGCAGGCUUGAUUCAGGAGACACACUAGGAAGUUGAUAGCUGGCUGGGUCCAGCAGAAGUUCCACAAGCAACAGACAUAGAAAUGAUGUUUACAGCUCUGUGCAGUGGGCACGCUGUUCAUGUAGUUCUCUGAAGACGCUGGAGACACAGGGAACGUAGUAGAGUCUGGAGAAUUCACCUGACUGCCAGAAGUCAGGGAGACAAGGACGUGGCUGAAUAUGAACAUUGUUCUGGCAAAGAUUGUAAUUACUGGUGCCCUUUUAUCCCCUGUGGUGCACUAGGAUUGGUGGAAACUAGGCUGGACUGUGGAGAGAAUCACAUGAGGCAAAUCUGGAAUAUUAUUGGCGUUUUAUCGAUCAGCUGACCAGAUCCAAGAUGGUAGCAGCCAUUACACUGAGACAAUGGAGAUGCUGCAAGGAACCUCUGAACCCCCACAUGGCAGACACACUGGAGACAUCGCUGUGACACCUUUUCAGACAUUGGGGACUCCUCCAGGACAGCGCAGAACUGCACAUAGUGGUCGCUACUGGAAUAUCCUGGAGGUCCAGGUGGGUGGCUCAUCGGCUACUCUGCAAGAAGUCUUAUAAACACAGAACAUGCGACAAGAAUCCUCCAACUCUAAAUCCUGCAGUGAUUAAUUAUCCAUUUACCUGCUAAUACUCUCAUCGUAUAAUACAAGUAUCCCUUUCAUAAUGCUGCCACACUAAAUAAAGAAAGCGCCAAGAUAUUUCCCGGCACUGUAUCACUGACAUGUAGAUACCAGCAUAGUGUCCAUUAUUUUAUGAAUUGCACUUCUAUUGACACUAAACUGUUGGAAUACGGGAACAUUCUGUUAAUGAUUGAAAAAUCCUCAGGUGCAACAGGAUUUGUCCAGCUAGAAGUGAAAGUGCAAGUGCAGGACUGCAGGUGGGAAGAGACGGCAAUCUCCCCUCCAUUCUCCUGUGGAAUGCUCAGAAGCUGCUCAACCUGACUUCAUUACACAAUCUUAUUUCUUCUGCCUGAAUAUAACCAAGUUGCAGACGCCUCUUCUUAAACUCAUGGUGUAGUACAACGAAUGCCGUGCUGAUAAGACAUGGAUACUCCAUCGCCUGCAUCUCACCCAAUAUCUAAGGUGGACAAGACACAAGAAGACACUAAAAGUGGACAUCAGCCAGGCGAUAAAGAAUUCAGUGUGGAGCAGAAAAAUCUAAAUUCUCAGAAAAUAUUCGGAAAUUUCAGGAUGAGCAAAAGAAAUUCUAAGAAAUUUGAGGAAAAGGAGGAACGUAGUUCUCCGGAGAAAAACGAGUCACUUUUGGGACCAGUUCUGGGUUUUAGAUCCAGUAAAAAACUCCUGAAACGACAGAACAAUGCAGAGGCGUCAGACUCCACAGAAUUAAAUGAGUUUUUUGGACCAUCACGUCUAAGUUUUAAAUUAAAUAAGAAAACUGUAAACAAACAUGACGAGGGAGAAGAGGCCAGCUCUCCGAACAAGAAGGGGUCGCCUGCAAGGGCGGGGUCUCUAGUUACCAAACUGAAAAAUAGUAUUAAGGUGAAGAAGAAAAUAGAAUAUAAUGAGGUUGAGAACAGCCCUAAAUCAGAAGAAACAAAGUCGGCAAAUGAGAUACUGUCAGUAAUGCAAAUCAAUGAACUUAUCCAUAGCAAGCAACUUCAAAAGGCCUAUGAAAGUAUCAAGCUAAUGGAAGAGAAACUCAUAGAGGAAUGUCGCAGCUCGAACUUUCACGAGAACGCAACAGAGUUCACCAUACGAGGUAGAGAUGUGGACUUGUUGUACAAGUCUCUGUUCAAUGAAAUAAGAUCCAUUGUGAAAGAGUCGCUCAACCACGACCACGUAGAUGAGCCAUUGGUGGCCGCUGUGGUCUACGUCAUUAAUAAGGAAGCACUGACCCAGAAAAACCCAAGCAGGACUCUUACCAACUCGGACAUUCCCCACCUUGGCCAGCCUAGACGGUGGAAAGAGUUAUGGAGAGAAGCCGUGAAGAGUAGCAUUGCCAACCGAAUAGAGUCGGUGACCUUGAGUCCGCCAACAGGGAACUGGCUUGCUGAUCACUUGGAGUGUCUGAAGACAAACACUGUGCAUGGCUUGAUGAAAGUGAAGAAAUCCUUGAAGAGUCUCUACCCCCUGGACUAUAAUGUAUGUGACACCUAUGUCAGAGCCUUCCAUGACGCCCUCUCAUCUCACCUACAAACAAAUCUGCUUCAUCUUGAUAUGGAAUUCAGUCAACUGUACUGCCUGCUAGACUGGGUUAUGAAUAAGUACAGAAGUGAUGAUUUUAUGGACAACCCUGAACUUCAGCCAGAAGUGAAUUCCUCAAGUCUCCCUCCUCUGUUAGCUGGAGAAUGUCUAGAGAAUGUAAAAAGACAUUAUAAUUCUGCUCUGCAGGAAACAAUAAAAAAAUAUUUCAACAACUUAAUUGCUAUAGAGAAAAGGAUAUGGGAAACAGCAAAGGAGCCAGAGGAAGAGAUUUUAAAGGACAGCAGUCAUCUGCGAAUUUUCAUAGACGCGGAAGAGAUGAUAGGAGAACAUGUCAGAGAGUCAGCUAAGCUUUCCGAAGAAUUGGAGACCUCGUCAUUUCAGGCUUGUGUGGAAGAAUUGGGCGCAUUUGCUGCAAGACUGCAGGCUGCUUUCCAAGAAUGGUCUGGUAGUAAAUUCACAGCUUUCUUCGUUCAGUAUUCGGUCGUCUACAUCAUCAGUUUAACGAAGCUCAGGCACAACACAACGCAGUCAGACGCAGAGCAAUGCAGGAAAGCGGAAACCAGUCUAAAUGACGCAAUUGAAAAAUUAAAAAAGCAUUUACUUCAUCUCUUCAUGCUGGAUACAAAGCCGCACUUCCAGGACCUUAUAACAAAAAAGUGGCUGAGCAAGAGCUCGGGUCUCAGUGCAAUCAUGAAAUCGACUGAUGUGCUGUGCCAGUACCUGAAAUAUCUAAACAGUCCACACGCCAAGGAUUGUGCAGGUGACAUCCACAAGUAUCUAGUGAAGGAAUACAUAUCACAGAUUAUGAAGAGAAAACUGAGCCUGGGUCACUUGAGACGAAAGAAAGCAGCCCUGCAAAUGAGAGAAGAGGGCGAUUUGCUGAACAGGGCGGCAGAAGAAAUGGGAUCUGAUAAGGAAAGCUUAUGUCACGCAAUACGUUGCAUCUCUGAUAUUAUUGGUUCUAAGAAAAAGGAUGAAAUCAAACCCAAACUGGAGCAGAUGUUUCAACUGUACCCAGAUGUCAGCGAGGAGCACAUUUUGUGCAUUUUGCAUCUUCAUGGCGUCAGAAGGAGCAGUAAACUUCUAGAACAUUUCCAGGAGUUGCAGAACAAUCACCAGCCACAGAAUGCACCAGUGGAAAAACUGUUUGCCGAGAUUAAGUGCCCUCAGCAAGGUGCCUGCCUUGCCCUCUGUCUCCGUUAGGUGCCCUCUUGCGUGUCAUAUCAGCAGCGAGUACCCAUUAAUAUUCCCUUCCGGAUGCACGGGCUUCCCCAGAUACAUUCCACUAGAACGUUGACCUGGUCACUUAGCAAAUUUGAUUGAGUUUGGAUGGACAAGUGCUUUGUGUUGGAAGACGCUACAACAAAAUCAUCUUGUGAGCAUUAUGGCUGCACAUACAGGAAAGCAAAUGGCGUAGGAAUAGGUGUACAGAGAAUGCCGCUUCGUGAUGUGUAGGUGUUAGGUAUGGAAAGCCGUAUACAUAGGAACACGUGUACAGAGAUUGCUAAUACAGGAUGAGCAGGAGUUUAGGGCUACGGCACAGAUAUUUCCCGACUCAGCAAAGACAAUAUUAAGAAAAUCAGCAAUAGGUUUGUUGUUUUAAAGAUGUUAAUUUAAAACAGUAUUUUCUACUGAAGCUAUACUACUGCCAGUAGAAGGUUACUUUUAAUGACCUCUUUCAAGUCAAGAGAACACUAUUAUAAUAUAUAAUGAUUCAAAACAAGGCCGGCAAGUAACGAAGUCCGAGUACAGCGGCCGUGCGGAAUGCCGGCUGAACUCGGACGUUUUUUUAAAGGGGCAAACAUGAUUUUUCCACCUGGCCGCUGAACUCGGGCGUCAUUACAUCCCCCCCAAAUGUCUAAUUUGUUGCUAUACGUUACAGCAUACAUAUUUGUGCCAUAUUCAACAUGUUUGUUUAUUAAACCGUUGUCAAAUGAA